AUGGUCCGCUGUGUGCUGUGCGUGCUGGUCCUCGCACUGUGUUGCUGCACAGCCCUGUGCGUGAGUGCUGCUGUUGCUGCUGAUAAGAGUGUGGCACUCAAUAAAGCAGCGGCACUAGCAGCGGAUGCUGUGGGGGAAGCGGAGAAGGCGGUGGAGAAAGCGAAGACUGUGGUGUCACUCGCGUGGCACGCAGCGGACAGGGCUACCGCAGCGGUGACCAACGCCAAAGCCACGGUGACGCUCAUUGGGGAGGGCGACCAGAUGGCUGUGAAGGCUUCGGAGUACGCUGAAGCGGCAGUGGCGUUGUCGGAUGCUGCGGUGAAACUGGCUGUGCAGCCUGCGAAGAGCAGCGAGGCACAGACUUUGUCUGCAGAGCGGGGCUCGCAACGGGCGCGUGUGACGGAAUCAGGGUUAAGCUCAUCGGAGUCGACAGGAGUAAAAGGUGCUGCGAGUUCCGUUUCUUCGACGAGUACUACGGAGAGUUCGCAAUCACGGCAGGACACAGCGGGACCAAAAACCAUUGCCACGUCAAGCUCCAAUGAUGGCCAGCAGUCUACUGAGGUUAGUCAGGCGCGGAGUGCCGUUGUGCAGGGUUCUGGGACUCCUGAAGCUUCAGAUCCAAAGUCUGAUGGUGAGGUGACGUCCGAAAAUAAAGAGGUGCCGGUUGUUCUUGCAGGUACAAUUCAAGAACCAAAGGCGACGCAGAAUGGUUCUUCGGAAAACAUGCAGCAGCCACAGAGUCUUGUGCCGCAACACGAGGAGCUUCAGGCACGAACGAUGUCCGCACAAAUGUUAGCUGCUGAAGAGAAGGGUACAUCAGUGGUGUCACUCGAUUCCCGGCAACAAGUUGCCCCUGCGAAGGUGGUUGAGAGUAUUCCGGGGGUGGUGAACAAGUCCAGAGGUGCCGUGCAGCUGUUGAUGGAAGCUGCGAAUAAAUUUACAGCGGCGGUUGACAUGGCGAGCGGGGCAACCUCCGAUGCCAUGGAGGCAAAGAACAAUGCCAGCAAGGCCGUGGACACAACUACCGAGGCGGCUGCAGCGGCCAGGGAGGCGUCGAGGAAGGCUGCGGAGGUGGCAGAGAUCUGCAAGGAGGCCGAUGCGAACUGUGCGGAUGUGGUGGCUGAUGCCACGACAGCAGCUGCAAAGGCCAGCGAGGCGGCCGCCAAAGCUGAGCUUGCCGUGGGGGAGGCCCAGGAGGCUGCGGCGAAGGCGAAUGACGCGGCGGAGAAAGCUAUGGCUGCAGAGGGCAUUUCCAAGGCUGCAGCGGACAAGGUGAUGCAGGCAGCGGAGGGCGUUGCUGGUGUGCCGGACUCCCUCAAGAAGGUGCUGGAGAACGCUGAGGCUGUGAAGGAGGCUAAAGGCACGGGUACUACUGUGGAGAAGGCAAAAGAGACUGUGGCUGCUGCUUUUGAGGAAGUACAGCGCGUCAAGAAGUCGGCGGACAUUGCGAAGGGAGUUAAGGUGGAGAAUGCAAAGGCGGUGGCACUUAUUAAUGAGGCGCAGAAGCAUGCGGAAGCAGCUGUGGAAAAGGCUACGGCAGCAGAGAAGAAUGCUGGGCUGAUAAGGGACCUUGCUGAAGCCGCUGUGGAGGCUGCUGGAGGUGCGGCUCAACGCACGCAGACAUCCGCUGCAGCAGCGCUGGGGAGAGCUGAGGAGGAGGCGCGGCGUGUUUCCGAUGGAGCGGCUGCUGCGUCUGGCAAGGGAAACGACAACUGCAUUGCUGCGUGGGUGCGUGCACCACUGCUGCUGGUGUUGUUGCUGGGGGCAUUGACCCUCUGCUCUGUGUGGUGA